ACAAAACGCCUAAUUCGUUGAACAAGUUAAACACGUCUAGGACUUUAAGUGGAACUGACGAUCUUUUGCGUGUUUCUCUUGCAAUCAUCCGAAAUCGAUGUAAGUUUUGUGUUUUCCAAACCAUCGAUAAAAGAAGUGAGAGGAAUUUGUCACAAUCAAUGUUAAACAGUAAAGGCAAUUGAAAGAAAAAAGUGCAUGUGUUUUUUUAUUGAAGAAAAAAACAGUUUGAAGAUAAAAUUAAUAAAAAAUCAUUCAAACAAAUAAGUCUGUGUUGCCAAAAUGGUCGGUUUUUUUCAUAAAUAAUUAAUAAUAAUAGUGCAGAAAAAAAAUAGAUAGAGAUUUUGUAUACACACUUAAAAUAUACAGAUAAUUAAGCUGAAAACGUUCUCAACCGGACAUUCGAGCGGAAAUUAAUUUUUCACAAUUCGUUACGAAUCGGAAAAUUAGCUGAACAAACGAAUGACACUAAUUAUGUUUUCCGUUUCAUAAACAUCUACAAUUAUUGGCAUUAACAGGGCUAUUGUGAGUGAAUCAAUGUUCCACGUUAAAUGAAAUAUAUUGAAUACAGCAUAAAAAUGUAACUCAUUGCAUCAAAUACACAAAGAAACAUUUAACAUGGUGUAAGACAAACGUAAAAUUCACUAUUGAAGAAUUGAAAUAAUAAAUAAUAAAAAAGAAAGCAAAACAAAGAAAUAGAAACGACAAGCAGCAACAAUUGAAAAUUACAAAAAGCUGUUUGCUAUGCAUUGUUAUGCAAAGAGUAAAAUCUAACGAAAUAGACACGCAAGAAAUACAUAUUGAGACAUUUUAACAACCUUAUGAAUUGGAAGAGUCAACAACAGGAUAACAACUUAAAAAAUACGUUGCUUCCCGCUCCUCUCUAAUAUCCCAAAAUCUGUUGUGAAUACACCGCUUGAAUAGAUAUAAAUCAAACCUAAAAUGAAUGUGUCAACAAUGAUGCUGCUGAGCAACAGCACCAGUUUAAUUCCAGCGGCUGCAGCGACCAUGUCAAUUGUGGCACCAAUGACAAUUCCCACAACUGCAACCACAUUUACAGUGCCAUUCAUAGUGACUCGAACUAUGCACGCCGUCAACAAAGCGAGUAAACACCACGUAAAAGACUUUUCGCCGGUCACACUGUCCACAGAAUGGAGUCGCAUGGCGCGAUUAUUAAUUUUGGCAUGUUUAUCGGUAAUUGGAAGCAUAGGAAAUGUGUUUAUGAUAUCAUCCGUUAUGAUCGAGGAUCAUUUAAAAAAGGCUGGAAAUGCAUUUAUAGUAAGUGUAGCGUUAGCUGAUUUAUUAGUAUCUAGCAUUUUGAUACCAACAUCAGUUAUUGUUUUGCUCGCGGGGUUUGAUGAAACGUCAAAGGAGAUUUGUAGAGUGCAAUGGUUGUUUGCUGCGAUUGCAUUUUUAGUGACUAUUCUCUCUUUGGCCUUAACAGCAUUCGAAAAUUAUUUACGACUAUGCACGCCUCAGGAUUCACCAUCAUGGUUCAACCGUUCAAAUACUACCAUAAUUCUGUUGAGUGUAUGGCUGGUGGCUGGCCUUGCAUCGGGCGUUCAAUAUAUAACAAAUGUGGGCUUUGAUUUUUGCAGUCGUGAAUGGAUCGGUUUAGUAUCUUAUCAGAAAACCAUCGUUGCGCUUUUAAUCAUUGUUCCGGUUGUCAUCACAUUUUACACUCAUAUGCGCAUCAUUCUGGACGUAAAACGUUUCAUGAAUACACCGAAUUUCAAGCCAAGUCUUAACUACACAUGGGAUUUGGCAUUGGCUCGUACAAACUUUUGUAGUUUCAUCAUAUUUGUGAUGUUUUGGUUACCAUUCGGUAUUGUAUUAUCGUACAAUACGAUUGCCGGCACAAGGGCCGGUGUAAGUAAGCGACUAUUUUAUACAACCGCUUGGUUUUGUUUUGUCAAAUCGUGCUUUCAUAAUGUCAUUUAUUGCAUAACAAAUCGUCAUUUUCGCAACGCUUAUGUCAAUUUAUUUCAUUAUUGUUGCUGUAAAACAACGGUGUCAGUGUCGCGACGACAACGAAUCGAAACAUGCCGUCCACCAUCUGAUGUACGCGUCCAUAUAAUUCCUGGGUACAAUAUGUAUUCGUACACGAGUCCACAGCGAUCAGGAAAUUGCCAUAAUUAUUGGAGCAAACGAGAUGUGCAUGAAUUAUGAUCUGAAUAGGAGCACGAACAAAAACGAUUUAUUCGCGCAAGAAUGCAUCAGUCACACGCUGUGGACGUUGUCUAAUUUAAUUCUAUAUAACGAUGAAAUGCAUUAAUAUUAUCGUCGUAGUUAUUACUAUUUCUAUUUAUCGUGAUAGAUGUCGCCAUUUUUUGCUUGUCAUAUUCAGUUGUGUUCGGUCUAUGAUGUUGCAUAUAUAUGAGCAUGAAUGCAAUACGUUGACAGUUUACUUAGUACUGAAUCAUCUUCUCUCAACUACCAAUUAGCCAAGAAAUUAUCAUACGAUUACCGGAUGAUGUCCACAAUCAUUUCUCAUCAACACAUCAUACCAAGAGCGUAAGUUUGAUGAAUUGCCGAUUGAACAAAAUAGAUAAUCAACAAUUUUAUCGAGAAAAAAAUAUAGACCAUAUAUUUGAUUAUUUUUUUUUAUCACAAAACAAACUAAACAAGUUGAAGACAAAUUAAAUAUAGUGUAUAACAUCGAUGUUGAUUAAAAUACGUUGACGUUCCGUGCAAAUUUAAACUAUUUUUAAGAGUAUGUCUUUUUUACUAGCCGCCAAAUACAUA